UUGAUGACAUGGAGAAGAGAGGUGUCAUUAGAAAAGUUGAUAAACCGACAGAUUGGGUUAACAGCUUGGUAAUAGUAGAGAAACGAGAUGGAUCAUUGAGGUUGUGCUUGGAUCCACGUGACUUGAAUAAGGCGAUUAAACGCGAGCAUCAUAUGAUACCAACUGGUAUGGAUGUGGUGAGUCAACUAUCAGAGAAUGAAGCGGAACAUCAUGUUACAAUACACAGGGUGAUGGAUACAGCCAGGAAGCAUAACUCAAAAUUUAAUGGGAGCAAACUCAAGUAUAAACAGUCUGAGUUGGUGUUUAUGGGAAACAUUGUGAGUGCCGAUGGACAAAAGCCUGAUGAAGACAA